AUGGAAGCAAUUGAAUCUCCCAGUGCGCCCGCUGGUAUGGUGUCAAAGCCAUGGGAUACUACAACUCUAGCAAUCGGUGGCGCUAUGUUGGCCAUCCGAGUACAUCCUCCAGAUUUGACUGGGCCGGUCCAUCCAUUUUUCGCACGCGACAGGUGGGAAGUGGCCGAUGAAGACUAUCAGCUCUUGCUCCCAAGCAUGCGACUUGCGACCCGGCUAUUAGAGAUCGGAAUGCCAUACUUAGCAAGUUUUUUACCGACCAGCAAGAUCUUUGGCACGCCGCAAGAUGUAUCUCACGCUGAACAUCGUACAAUUGUCGCUCCGAAGGUAAUCCAGACAAAAAAGCAAAUCUUGGUCAAAGAUCUUCAAGUAGCAGAAUUGGAACUCGAAGCCAUUUCAAGAUGUAUCAAGUGGAGAUUGAAUGAAAGAAUGCAUGCAGACAAAGGUUGGAAUGGUAUCACAAGGGUAGUAGACCACGGGGAAGCCGAUUUCCACGAACUAGAUGAGAAUGAGAUUGCAGAAUCGGAUUUGCAAGCUGGUCAAGCGGGUCAGGUACGACGACCACUCGUCAUAGCAAUCAUGGACUUAUUACUGGUCCCGAUGCGCACUCACCCGCGUGAUUCUGAAAUCCGCCUCAAAGCACAAUUUAUGGCGACGAUUACUAUGACUCACGAAAUCGGGCAUGCAGUAUUCCUUCAGGAUUACCGGUCGUUCAACCCGCCUACUGGUGAUGAGCCCUAUGUUGACAGAAAUGUUGAUAGUGAACUAGGGAGAUCCUUCAUCAGCUGGAUUUUCAAAGGCUUUCAUCCUCAGUUCUGUGAAUCACAUGAAAAAGAUGCCCAAUUUGGUAGUCUAGGAUGGUCAUUGUAUUGGCAGCAACUACAUAGGAUUACUCAAUUGUUUGGAAAUGACAAAGAACACAAGAGACCUCUAUAUGAAAAGCUCUAUGCGAUUCCUGUCGCUUAUUUGUCAAAUGUGUUUCGACAGGGUUGGUGGGACACUAACCGGCGAGGUGUUCCGGCCCAUAAACUCGCUGGGAUUCUCAGAGGGAGUUUGAACUUGGCCUAUAGAGAUGAACUGGGAGCCGCUAUAGCUGUGAAGGCCAACUGGUGGAUGGAUCCAUUGGCGAAACGCCCUAGAUGGAGAGGUCACUAUAGAAUUGGGAAGUACUCUACAGGCGAACCUGUCGAAGGACUUACAAAAGAUCAAGUCGCAGCACAAAUGAGACUCGAUAGGCAAAAGUUUUCAUUCGGUUUGAAUGACGGCGGCGAUGAUCUUGAUGAUGAGAUCGAACAAUUGUCAAGAGAGCAUACUCCCGGUGCAACGCAAAACAAGUCUAUCUCAGGGCACGAUAACAGAACGAUUAUCGCUUAUAGUGUGGAGACGCACGAUGAUGGAAUGCUUGAUGAGGAUAUAGGGUACAUAGAAGACGAUGAUUCCGAGGUUGUGACGCAAAUUGAAGUUCGAUAUCGGCCGACAACAGAAUUUCAGCCCAGAUCGACAAGACUUAUUGCCCCAAAUAAACUGGUGGAGCAAGCUCGAAAGGAUGUUUUGGAUGAACUAGCCGCCGAAGAAAAAGCAGCAGCUUCCGGAAUGUUAACAGGAUCGAAUACAAGACCUGGAAAGCGCGAAAGCUUGAACGAUUAUCUUUCCAUACACGGGCCUAGCAAACGUCUGAGAACAGUGGUGGAAGCAGACAAGACUAGGGAGGGUGCUACACUUCUGGAAAAGGUUGUCAGAGCGCUUGACCAAUCGUCGGAAAAUGAGUACCAUCUCCUACAGACACUUUGGGAUGAAACCUACAACGAUGGCAAAAAUCCCGAGUCUGUUAUUAUAGCAAAAAACAUCCUUCACCUGAUUGAUUUCUUUCUGGAUGAAGAUAUUGACGUACUUGCUGAAAAGAUGCACAUAUUCGAUCUAUAUACUCCUCGCAAGAGGGAGAAGUCCAGAGAAUUAUUGAAAGUUCACCUGCGACAGAUGAUUGAUGGUGAACACUUAAAGGCACCUCAAGGAAACGUCACCUUGAAGGAACAGUUGCAACCUCUACACGCUCUGGCUCCAGAACCAUCCCAAUGGUCAGAAGAUGAUUUAAGGUCGUGGUGUCGGCACAAGGGAAUUCCACAGUGGGGCUCCAUUUCCGGUCUAAUUGCCCGCGUCAAUCGUUUCAGAGAAGAAGAAGAGAAUGUUAAAGUCGGCAUAGCCGGUCGACCUAAACCUCCUCCCGGCAGAACUGAUCGCACGGCCACAGAAAUCUAUCGCUUUAGCGCGGUUCUUCGACACAGCUCCCUCGACGCCCUCAAAAGUUCCCUUUUCAUCCAUGGCAACUUUCCCUCAGACACCGAACUCGAUCUCUGGGUCAACACAGACGAAAUUCUCAAAUCGGGCUCUUUGGAUAAACAAAGCCCCAAAGUCGAUUGGAAACGUCUUGUUCUCAGCGCGAUGCGCACGGCAACUCCCAAACAACCAGUUAAGGUCAGUCGCGAAGAACGUAUCAGGAAAAUAAACAGGCACAAUGACCUCAUCGAUGACCAACUCCAAGACCUGCAACGCCAAGAAGCCGGAAAGAGCUUGCCCGGUAUAACAGUUCUAAACACAGUGUCGGAUAUUUCGCAGCGAGCGCUAGCACUCACACGUAUCCGCAACGCGCCAGGUACAAGACCCGGACAAAGUUGGAAAAAGCACGACCGGGCUAACUUGAUCAAGGGCAAACACCUAGUCGAUAUGAUUAUGGAUCUUGAGGAUCUGGAAGCUAAGAAGAAUCAAGAUCAAAUAAGGCGCAAGACCAUGAAUGAUAAGAGGGCAGAGGAGGACCAGGCCGCGACUGAACAGUUGGAGAAGGAGUUUAGGAGGGUGACCCAUAUGAAGUUGAUUGAGAAGAGGGUUACGAUGGACCGUGGAUCGGGGCAGAAGUUGGGGGCUGGUGAGGGGGCGGAUUUUUAG